AUGGCUGACAUUCAACAACAUGAAACAUCGACAAUAAUGCCUGAAAUCGAUGAAAGUCUUUAUUCUCGACAAAUUUAUGUCAUGGGCAAAGAAGCUAUGCUUCAAUUAGCUAGUGCUCAUGUUCUCAUAUCAGGCAUGGGUGGCCUUGGUGUUGAAAUAGCUAAAAAUAUUAUAUUAGGUGGUGUUAAAUCAGUUAUUAUUCAUGAUUGUAGUAAUGUUGAUUAUAAAGAUCUUUCAUCACAAUAUUAUUUUACUGAAUCUAAUAUUGGUCAAAAUCGUGCUGAAGUUGCUAAUAAACAUUUAUCUGAAUUAAAUAGUUAUGUUAAUGUAACAUUUUUUUCUGCAACUAUUGAUGAAGCAUUUCUUCAAAAAAAUCAAGUCAAUGUCUUUAUUCUUACCGAUGCUAAUUUGGAUGAUCAAAUAAAAAUUGGUGAUUAUUGUCAUGAACAUGGAAUUAAAUUUAUCAAUGCAAAUACAAAAGGUUUAUUUGGGCAAAUCUUUUGUGAUUUCGGUCGAGAUUUUGAAGUACUCGAUACAAAUGGUGAAGAUCCAGCAAUAGAAUUAGUAGCUGAAAUCAGUCGUGACGAAACCGGUGUAGUUUUUAUGUCGACAGAUACAAGACAUGGUUUUGAAGACGGUUCAUACGUUACUUUUCAUGGUGUAAAAGGAAUGACUGAAGUUAAUGGUCAAGAAUUUAAAAUCUCUGUACCAAGUUUGUACAAUUGUUUUUUUUCAUUACUUAUUUAG